CAUUUUACACAACAUCACUCUCUUUCUUCUUCCUUUUUAGCCCUUUCCUUCUCUCUCUCUCUCCUUUCAAAACUCAAUUCACUUCUUCAUUCAAAACCCAUUCUCUCUCUCUUCUUUCUCCGUUCCUUAUAUUCAACCAGGAAUAGGGUUUUGGCAGUUUAGGGCUUCGUUUGGAUUUUGGCUGCAAAUUUUGGUCUCUGCUGCUUUGGUUUCGUUUCCUCUGAGUUUUUGUUUAGGCGGGAGUGAAUUUGAGUUCAAAACCAAAACUCAACAGAAAUUGAAGUCAUCAGUGUGAAAUAAGUAAAGUGGCACCGGAAGAACCUUUGCGUUUAAUUGCGUAUCGCUGCUAAAAUGCGCCACGCGCUUUAUGCGCCACAUUGCCUAUAAAAAUUAUAACUUCAAAUUCAAAUUCUACGAAGUGAUUUUGUCGCUGAUUUUUGGCUUUUCGUUCUUAUUUUUUUAUCUCAGGACAAUUUUUCAGAGACAAUGAUCGGAAACUUCAUCGACGAGAUAGACUGCGGGAGCUUCUUUGACACCAUCGACGACCUCCUCGACUUCCCAAACGACGACGUCGAGUCCGGACUGGGCUCCGCCCCUGACUGUAACGCUGCGUUUAACAACAACUCCCUCUGGCCCAACCAGUCCGGCUCGCUCCCGGCUCCCAACGACGCCGUUUUCUCAGCCGGCAACUCCGCCUCCGACCUCUCCGCCGAGCUCUCCGUUCCGAUUGAAGACAUAGUUCAAUUGGAAUGGCUGUCGAACUUUGUUGAGGAUUCCUUCUCUGGUGGAAGCCUCACCAUCAACAAACCAGACUCCUUCAUCAACAAGGACACAUCCCACCACCAGUUCCAGACCUCCAGCCCAAUUUCUGUGCUUGAUAGCAGUAGCUCUUGCUCUGGUGACAAGAAUGUGCCACAAAGUCCUGGACCGGUCGCUGCUCCCGGUAAGCGUGGACGUGCUCGCAGCAAGCGUCCACGCCCGGCCACCUUCAACCCUCGCCCCGCAAUUCAACUCAUUUCCCCUGCUUCCUCUGUUACUGAGGCAGAGGGCCCACAGGCUCAGCCAUUCCUUGCCCCAAAGGUCCCUUCUGAUUCUGAGAAUUUUGCAGAGUCUCGUCCUGUGAUCAAGAUACCAAAACAAGCUUCUGGGGAGCUGAAGAAGAAGAAGAAGCUCAAGGUGUCGCUUCCCCUGGCUCCUUUGGAGGGGAAUCAAAAUUCCGGUCCUACACAGGCAGCAGUGAGAAAAUGCUUGCAUUGUGAGAUUACUAAGACACCCCAGUGGAGGGCAGGCCCAAUGGGACCAAAAACCCUAUGCAAUGCCUGUGGCGUCCGCUACAAGUCAGGCCGGCUCUUUCCUGAGUACCGGCCUGCUGCCAGUCCUACUUUUGUUCCAUCCUUGCACUCCAAUUCCCAUAAGAAGGUUCUUGAGAUGAGAACCAAGGGUGGCGAGUUGGUUGUUUUUGGAGAGACUGCAACAGCUAUGAGCGAAACUCCCGAACUCAUUCCGAAUACUAACAGCAGCAUCUCCAUGGAUUACAUGUGAUGCGAGGGAGGAUGUAGAGGAUAAUAUUCCUAGUUGGAAACAUAGUUUCCUUCUCUCUUCCUCUGUUAUGUUAUUUGUCUUAGUGUCAUUUCAUUUCUUUGUUCAUUGGUUUUUUGUACAGGGAUGGAAUGGGGGGGGGAAAUAGGAGCAAAUUAGAUGACCAUAUAUUUAGCUAGUAGAGGAGAGACCUGAAAAAAAAAAAGGGGGGGUAGAGAGAUGCAAGUUUAAUGGUAGACUUUAGAUGUAGUGAUGAUGAUGGCUAGUAGUUCUUUUAAGGUUUUUAGAAGUUGAGUCUGUGUUGUCUCCUUCAGCAUUCAUUUUCCUUUUAUCUUCCCUUGCAAGGGAAUUCUUUUUGCAGUUCAUUUGUAGUAGCAAAAUUCUGAAAUGAGUACUGGAAUUUGAGAUU